AGUGGGUGUGGGAGUACAAGUUGACUUGAAAGAAAUCGAGAGACCAGACAGAGCUAUCGAUUUUACUAGUAGUUCAGUGCAAAAUGAGCAUAUUCAAGAAGAAAGGAGGUCAAGUAAAUGCAGCCAAUGUUCAUAUGACCGAGGCUGAGGCAGCCUUGGCUCAAUCUGACUUCAACAUCGAGAAGAUCACUGAGAUUCAGAACAAGUUUGCUGGGGGAGCGGUGCUAUUGGUUCCAGGGAGGAUAUUUAUACGCGAAGGGGUGUUGUAUAAAGUAUGCCGUAAAGGACUCAAGAAACGACAGUUUUUCUUGUUCAAUGACAUACUAGUAUAUGGAAAAAUUGUCGCGGGUCUCUAUAGCAAUCAAGUGAUUCUGCCCCUCUCUCAAAUGUCAGUGAGUGCAGACUGUUUCUAUCAGCCCAGAGUAGAUGCUGACUUCGCCUCUGAGACAGAUGAGGAUAAUCUAGAUGUGGCUAAUGCCUUUCAAAUCAGUCAUGCCAACAAAUCAUUUCAUGUAUUCGGACAAUCUGCUGCUGACAAAGCCAACUGGAUAGCCAAUCUUCAGAAGCACAUAUCAAGGGUUGCAAAGACUUUGUCGGACAGCCAGCAGCAGGUGAUCACACGCCCAGUAUGGGUACCAGACUCUAUGUCUAAAGAGUGUAUGAUCUGCUCUACCAAAUUCUCGGCGUUUCAACGGAAGCACCAUUGUCGUCGGUGUGGGCGUGUUGUGUGCACGUCUUGUUCCCCUCAUCGUGUGUCCCUCGUCACCGGAGAAGGGAGUGUGGUCUCUGGGGGCGGAGAGGGAGGAGGGAAACUGGAGAGGACGUGUAGAGAGUGCUUCAAGGAAAUGACAGCCGUGCACACUAGAGCCAACUCUGUGGGGAGCAGCACUAAUAAGUACACAUUCAUCAAGAGCGCCCCUGCUCGACCACCACCUCCAACUGUGGCUGCCCAGAUUGUCUCGGACGCCCUGCGCACUAUCACUACACCUCCUAAAGAGAAGGAGGGGGAUUCCCCUGACGGUGUGGACACCUCAACAGACACUGAGGACUCAGAUGACUCUGGGAAUGAGCAGGAGGCCCAACAAAAAACCCCUUCGCCAACCAGCAUGGAGAAUACUGAAGUGCAAAGGCCUGUUCCAAAAGCCAGACAGAAUCUUAAAGGGGAUACCACACCCCCAGUUCCUGUUGCUAGACGAUCAUUAAAGUCGCCCAGUACCGAAUCUAGCCCCACCCUUGAGCUAAAGGCGUCCAAUCAGAUUGCAGACGAAGAAGAUGAGGCACAACCCACACCUCCUCCCCGCAAGAAGAAGCAGAUGAAACAGAAAUUGAAGGAGCAACAAGAACCAGCUGUUGACGAGGAAACCAAGACCGAUGGACAAUCUGAUGAUUCACCUAACAACAAGAAAACUCGGAGAAAGAACAAGUUCAAACCUCUUGAAGAUACAAAAGCACCUGAAGACUCUGUUGCUACCAUAGAUGAUGAAACUGCGGCUCUUGGGGUUGAUCAGCCUCCAAAAAUUGUGGUGAAUGAAUAUCGUGACGGCGUGGAGGGUGGAGCUGGUGAGGGAGUGGAGGGUGGACCUGGUGAGGGAGUGGAGAGUGGAGCUGGUGACGGUGUGGAGGGUGGACCUGGUGACAAUGUGGAGGGUGGACCUGGUGAUAGUGUGAAGAGUGAAGCUCAUGACGAUGUUGAUGGGGAACCAAUCAAAGCUCAACAAACUGUUCAAGAAUCUGUUUCAAUCACCGUAUCUAAUAAUGAAACUGAAAACGUAGGAGUAAGUGAAAGUGGAGAGGCUAUAAAGGAAAGAGGAGACUACUCACCGAGUGUUAACGCUGCCGGCAGACGUAGUGGACGAAGAAGAAAUAAGUUUAAACCUAUCACGCCCCAAGACUGACUUGUGUAGAUGUUUCUAGCACUCCUGAUCCUGUUCAUUGCCAUGUGUGUUCCUAUGAUUUCGUUGCUCGAUUAUUUUCAGAUUAUUAAUG